UGUGACAGACUAGUAUCUUCUCGAAUGUUCCAAUCUAUGACGUAAUAAACUUCUAGAAGAUUCACAUUGUUUGUAAAUAACAUGAAUACGUCAACGAUUGAAACUAAUAGUAUGUUCUAUCCUUAACGAGAAGGUCCUGGAUCAAUCUUGAAAUACACGAAGUGUGAAAACAUAUCGUAAGAAACUGGUGUUGAUCACAACCACAUUUUAGUCUGCAGAUUACAUCAAUUUUGGUUUUUGAAAUGACGGAUAUCAAUACAUUUGAAACAACCCAGAGUCUUGCAUCAUUCCACAACUGGCCACUCUCGUCAUAUUCACCUGUCAUAAUUGUCAGAACCGGAUUUUCAUACACCGGCAACGGCUAUGUAGUAGAAUGCAAGUUUUGCAAGGCAAGAGUAGACAUGAGUCAGAUGAGCAAUGUGAUUUCACUCUCUGAUGAGCAUGACACCAGUUGUAGAAGAAAAGCAAAUCAUCAAAAUAACUUUGAAAUUCCAGUGCCGUUACAUAAUAUAGCAGGGAAUGCAGAAGAGAGGUCCAACAAUCAGAACAAUCAUGCGUCAGCUUCAUCUUAUAAUGAUGAUGCCAAUAUUAAUAGAAGAAACACAACCGAAUACAAUUGCGUGGAAACUAUUUCAGUAGAUACAACCAACAUUGCACAAGCGCUCUUGCCAGCUCAACCCAUGAAUGCAGCCCCAGAACCAAGAAUACAUUCAAGAAUCUGUACUGAUUUAACUUUGUAUGAUAAUUAUCAGUCAAUAAAAUUAGCACCCUUUUGGUGUUGUCCCUGUCGACUCUGUAGAUACAACAACACUGUUUCUGUUUUUAGGAAUAAAAGUAAAACUUGUAUGUAUAGAUUUCCAAAAUUAAAUGUAAAAACUCUGAUGCUUCGUCUACGGGAAAGAGUAUCAAGUGGCCCACUUCAUCCAGAAUUCAACACAUUAGAAGCUAGGAAAAGAAAUCUAAAUGGAAUUAUUGACUCAUAUUCAUGCGUAGCAGAAGCAGGAUUCUUUGCUGAUAGUUCCUGUGGCAAAGAAAGAAUAUGCUGCUUUUACUGUGAUGGCAAUCUAAGAAACCAACUGUUGAGUUAUAAUCCAUUCAGAGAACACACACGCUGGUUUCCUGUAUGUCCAUUCAUCUUACAACAGAAAGGAGAAGAAUAUAUUCACAACGUGUUACAGGAUACAAAGGUACUAAAGACUUUCUUGAAAGAUAAAAUGAGGACAUCUUGCAUGGACACAAACGUUGUAGUAGAAGCUAUGCGAGUAUAUCCACAGUAUGCAAUAGGAAAAGUUGUGGAGGAAUUCUUUAUAGAGAAUGGUUACUUUCCGUGUCGUGAGGAUCUCUUUGAAUCUCUUGAGAAUUUCCAACUAUGGAAGACUUCUGAAACAUAUGACUACUGUCGAUUCGAAAUCAGAAGAUGAUGUUGAAGUAAAAUGCUAGAUGUGGCUACCUUCUCAAAUUAUAUAGAACUAAUUUUAAUGAUCAACACUCAUGAGCAGAAGAUAUGGAUAUUAUUUGCCAACGUUUGAAUUUUACUUUUGUCUGUGAGGGAUUAACACAUAUGCAGUUGCGUUCAAUCGGAAUGGGGACGUUUAAUCCGAGAGCGCCAUGCUCUAUGUACGUUUAAGAACACCUUGCUACAUCUCUUAGAGGGAUCCAUAGAUACAGUGUAGCAGGUUUAGUUACUGCCUUUAUCGAACGUAUCCUCAUUUUCAGUGGUUGUCCAAAUAUCCAAUCCUUCAGGUUAGUCAACAUUGCAGAACCUAUCUAGUGCAUUAAUUGUUAAUUGUUUCUCGUCUUGAAUAUGCAUUAAAUAUUUGCCAUUAGCCAUUCAAAGCACGCACCAAUCUUCUUGUAUAAUUUAUGCGAGUAAUAUCAAAGUUCAGUUUCCAAAAGAACAGAUAAAUUCUAAUUUUUGGCACAAUUCAUAUCAUAUUUUGUUAAACAUUUCACUUUAAAUAAAAAAAAAAUGAAAAAACAAUUAUUAUGAUCUGAACAAUGUGCAUAGCAAUUGCACUAUUACGACUUUAAAAUUAGUAUUACAUGAAAAUCAAAAUAAUUUCUCAUUUUCAGUAUUUAUCUAUUUGACCAAUCAGUUAUUGUUAUUUAUUAUUGAAAGAGUUUCCUCUUGUUAUAUGUAUGUGUUCAUCCUGAUGUCAGCAUUAUGUUAAUUUAAUACUGGUGUGUUGUUGUUAAAUUUAUAUUUUGUUUAUUUUUGUUUAUCUUUUUUUUUUAUAUUAUGUGCAUACAAAUGUAUAUAGUUAUAUUAGCUGUUGACGUUAUAGAAAUAAAUCCUUAUUUAAA